AUGAGCGGAAUUCCUGGAAAAAGCUGGCAGCCACCGUUCGUCCAUUUAGAAACAUCCAUGGGUCCCGUGGUACUGGAGCUGUACUGGAACCACGCGCCAGACACAUGUCGUAACUUUGCGGAACUGGCAAGAAGAGGCUACUACAACAACUUGAUCUUCCACAGAAUCAUCGCCGACUUCAUGAUUCAAGGAGGCGAUCCAACUGGAACUGGCCGCGGCGGAGCCUCUAUUUAUGGAAAAACAUUUGCAGAUGAAAUUUCAAAGGAGCUGAAACACACUGGCGCUGGAAUUUUAUCGAUGGCGAAUUCGGGAAAGAAUACUAAUGGCUCGCAGUGGCUCGACGGAAAACACACGAUUUUCGGACGAGUGGCGAAAGGGAUGAAAGUCGUGGCGAAUAUGGGAAUGGUGAAGACAAAUGCCAGGGAUAUUCCAAAAGAUAAAGUUUCCAUACGGCAGGCGUUCCCGAUGGAUACAGAAGGAAGACCAGUUCAACAUGUCAUUUGA